AUGUCCCUGUUAUCCUAUCUCACAAGCUUGCUCACUCGACCCCCACAACCAACCUACAAAAUUGCCAUCCUCGGCUAUUACCGCGGAGGCAAACAGUCCCUCCUUAGAGGCCUUACAGAUAAAGGCGCCCCAAUAACAACCCACCGCGACAUCGCCUCUAGAUCUCCCGACAAUGUCAAAGUCCAUAUCGGCCACAAUACAGCCUUGAACAUCACAUUCAUCGUCAGUGACAUCGGAUACAGCGAAUCGCCUAGACACAAGAUCUUUCGACGAAACUUCUACAAGGAUGCCGACGCAGCAAUCUGGGUGGUGAAUUCUCGCUCCAAAGAGGAUUGGUAUGAAUCACCUGAUUUUAUUUCGAUGGAAAUGACCGGCAAAGAGAGGAGGAUGACUGAGGAACAGAUCCUGAAGAAAAAGCAGGAGGGCAAAGACGUUGAUGUUGAAGAGGAAGGUCUUGCGAAGCUGGUUCCUACAAAGUUUGAUGAGGUGCCCUGGCUUGUUCUUGUUAAUCAGCGAGAUGGUGAAGGGCUGUGUUCGUUGGAAGAGAUUCUGGGGGUAUUGAGGCUCGAGGAGGUUGGUAUGAAGGAGUUUAAGGUCUUUGAGGGGUCGGUUUUGAUUUGGGAAGGUAUUAAUGAGGGAAUCGAAUGGCUUGUUGGACGGCUGAGGGGUUCUGGGAGGAGUUAA